AUGUCAAAUAAUGAUAAUGAUAACUCGCCGUACGGCCUCACCUUCAUAGAAAUCGAAGCAUCACUAGGGCAAAAGGUUAUCGUGCACUUGAAAAACGGCGAAAUAAUCGAUGAUGGAUUUCUUUAUAACGUAGAUCCAGUAACUUUUACUGUCUUGUUACUAAAGAUCCUUGCAAUUAUGCAGUCGAUCGUGGAAUCUCUUGAAGUAAAAACAGGAGGAACUCGAGAUUCAAUUUCCAAAGAGAAACUAGACUCGCUAAUAACUACACGUGUUCGCGAUUUUGCCAAUACUUCAGAGAAAAUGAAAGCGCGUAAGCGGGAUGUCAUUUCAUUUUUGAAAUCGAAUCGAAUCCAAGUGAUCCACACACCAGAGGACCCAAUAAUCCACAUAAUGGAUCGAGCACAUAUCAGUCCCCCGUAUGUGCCUGAUUCGAUUCGAUGCAAUAAUGAGAUCAUGUUGAAACGUGUCAAAGAUUUGAUUCUAAAAGUUCCGUUUGUUUAUGAUAGCAUUGAUGUGGAUCAAGAGACGCAAAGAAGGCAAUAG